AUGGAUCCCGACAUUUCUGGACUCCUUCGUUCUCUUCACGUCACCAGCACUGAGAGCUUCUCAACUCCUAUGCAAGGUACCUGUUCAUGGAUUUUUCAACAUGAAGCUUUCGGAUCCUGGCUUGAACAGCCCUCAGGUCUUCUGUGGAUUAAGGGCAAGCCAGGAAGUGGUAAAUCAACACUUUUGCGAUUUAUUCAUCAGACUGUGACGUUCUCAGAGCCUACGUCUCUUUUCUUUUUCCAGUUCAACAACUCUGGUCACUCUUCUACAAACGCCAUGCUUCGAUCUCUCAUAUUUCAGUUACUUGCCAGGCGUCCCUGUUACCAGCUCCAGGGGAUGAGAGACACCUACGCCAUAAGAACAAAGGUACACGGAGAUUAUGGUGCCGAUUGGCAGUGGGGAGACCCUGAGCUGCUCUCAUAUUUGCGAGAAUCGCUCUUGCAAGCUACCCAAGAAGAUUCUCAUUUAGUGAUAUUUCUGGAUGCCUUGGAUGAAGCGACUGAGGACAUGCCAAUCGACUCUAUCAUUCUCAGCAUACUCACUAUCCCCCUAUCCGAAUCUGUGCCUCGUCACGUUCCGGCCCCAACCUUUCGAACGUUGAAACACCGGAACAUAAUCCCCAGCUUGAUCGAGGCCUCAGAUGGCAGGUUUUUAUAUGUCCAUCUGGUCCUUUCGAAUCUCGAAAUAUGGAUCGAUCAGCUGGAAGGCCAGGGUGAAGGCCAGGCUGGUCACAUUGACUUCCCUAAAGGUCUUGAUGAUUUAUAUUGCUUAAUCGUCUCCCGCAUCGAAUCUAGUCUAGAGAACCGGGAAAUAGUUCGGCUUAUUUUCCAAUGGGUCGCCUUCGCGACGAGACCCUUAAUUGUCACCGAACUCACAGAUGCAAUGGCCUUGGGAAGCUUAGACGGGUACGACUUUUGCAGGCAUAGCCGCCAAAAUAUCGGCGCACUAUCUGGCCAGCUUGCGGAAGAUUGCGACUGCGCUCAAAAAAUCACCUCCUUAUGCAGAGGUUUGGUUUCAAUUCAAUAUUCUUCAACCAAUCCAAAACAAUCUGUCGUUAGCUUCAUACAUCAAAGUGUGGUCGACUUCUUGAUUGAAUACAAGGCGUGUGAGGCGCGUGAUGUGAGCCAUCAGCUGUGGGGUCUAUCAACUCAAAACAACGCUCUUAUCAAAGUCAGUCCGGGCGGUAUACCAGCUACCCAAUUAGUCCUUCAAGAACAGGUUUUCAAAGGCCGAGGGCAUAAGGCACUUGCGCGGUCUUGCUGUAGGGCUAUCUUGUCAGCGACACGUUCUCGCCGCGAAGGCUUUACAGACUCGUAUUCUUUUACGCUCUCAUUCUUGACUUACGCUGCGGAGAACUGGAUGCUACAUCUAAGGAUAGCUCUGGAACUAGAGCCGUCUUCCUCAGAGCUCUUGUUAGACCUGUCACAGAACGCUUUCUUUGAAAGCUCACUUGCAUUGCACGAAAGCAUUGUUUCCAGUUACAAGAAAUGGCCACGUCUGGCUCAUUUAAGCACAACCAACACCUUAUGGGAAGCGAAACGGUCAGAGACCUCAACCUCAAGCCCACUUCUUUUGGCGUCUGCCAUAGGCCAUGUCGAAUCGUGUCAACGAUUCAUCUCCGCAGGUAAGGACUGCGACGACCGAGACCACCUUUACGGUAUGACAGCGCUUGGAUGGGCAGCAGGAUAUGGCCAUUUAGGGGUUGUGAGGCUACUUCUAAAUGCCGGGGCGGACGUUAACUUCGUUUCAAACGGCGAAACGCCACUGCUUCUCGCCGUACGGUCCGGUCGCAAUAAUGUUUUGGAACAGCUUCUGAAGAAAGGGCCAGUUGUAAGCUCUCAAACCACUGUCAUCACUCAGUCAGCAUUAUCUCGGGCAGCCUCUCUCGGCAGGACUUCCAUGAUCAAUCUGCUCAUAUCGCACGGAGCAGAUGCUCUGACGGCCGACGGUUCAGGUUGGAACCCUCUUCACUAUGCUAUCGCAGCGGGUAAACGGGCCACACUGGCACAGCUCCUCUCUACGAUACCGAAAACUUCCUUCGAAAGGCUCAAAGACCUUCCGCCUCGUAACCUUCCAGGAUGGGUGCACCGCAUCUUAUUAGCAUUCGGGGUUGGGCUCUGCUGUCGUGGGUCGGGCUGUUCUUCGUCGUCUGCAACAAACAGUGGCUCGAAGAGUUCCGGAAAGGCCAGAAAAUGUGGUCGCCAGAAUUCAAAGAAACGCGGUCGAGAUUCAACUGAGAAUAUGGACGAAAACGAUGAGCAGAGCAUGGCGCCUCCACCACAGAAACAAUCGCGGCAUGCUUUUGGAUUAAGAUUCGCGUGCCCCUACAACAAGAGAUGCCCAAACAGAUUUGGGGGCGCCUGCUCUAAUUUUGGGUUUCCAGACAUGCAUCGUUUGAAGUAA